AUGUACGUGCAGUACGAUAUAUGGUCAGUCGUGGCGUUCAGGAGGACUAGAUCUCUGAACGCGCCGUCUCCUAUUCAACAGUUCGGACCAUGUGGCAGAAUAAUGAAAAACUCUGCUAUGGUUAUGCAAAUCCAGGAUCCGGCUUCGCAGAGGCUGACAUGGUACAAGCCACCACUAACGGUGCUGGUUAUCAAAAAGGUGCACGAUGCCAGCAUCCUCUCCUCGUUCGUACAGCUGGUGCACUGGCUCGUACACGACAAAAGCAUGGUGGUAUUCGUUGAGGCAGCAGUGUUGGAUGAUACGUUGCUGGCAGAGUACGGUGACUUCGCGUCGAUACGAGAGCGUCUCAUGACUUUCCGAGCUGGCACCGAUGACCUAACAGACAAGAUUGAUUUCAUCAUAUGCCUCGGAGGGGACGGUACUUUGCUUCAUGCCAGCUCGCUGUUUCAGCAAUCCGUCCCACCCGUGAUGGCAUUCCACUUGGGUUCUCUUGGCUUCCUUACGCCUUUCGAGUUCAAUAACUUCCAGGAACAAGUUAUGAAUGUAUUGGAGGGUCACGCGGCACUAACUUUGAGGUCACGUCUCCAAUGUGUAGUGCUCCGGAAGACAACAAGCGAUGGCAAGGAAAGGAAGAAACCCACAACUAUAUUAGUGCUGAACGAAGUAGUUGUGGACCGUGGACCCUCGCCGUACCUCUCCAAUAUAGAUUUGUUCCUGGAUGGAAAGCAUAUUACAUCGGUUCAGGGAGAUGGUCUGAUCGUGUCGACGCCGACGGGCAGCACGGCGUACGCGGUGGCGGCGGGCGCAAGCAUGAUCCACCCGUCCGUGCCCGCCAUUAUGGUUACGCCCAUCUGCCCGCACUCGCUCUCCUUCAGGCCCAUCGUCGUGCCCGCUGGCGUCGAGCUCAAGAUAGCAUUGUCGCCGGAGGCGCGUAACGCCAUGUGGGUGUCUUUCGACGGACGCAACCGACAGGCUUUGCAGCACGGAGAUAGCUUGUACGUCACAACGUCGGUAUAUCCAGUUCCAUCAAUAUGCGCACAAGACCAAAUCUCGGACUGGUUUGACUCGCUAGCAGAGUGUUUGCACUGGAACGUCAGGAAGAAACAGAAACAAAUAGACGAGCUAAGCGAUAUGACUCACUCAUCCAGCGACACCCUGGAGGAGUUGGACGGGAAUCACCAAGACGAUAGACCUGCUGACACGUGA